CUUAGAAUCAAAACAAAACAGGCAUCCCACAGUUUACUUUGACGACUCUCUCACGGAAGAAACCCAACAGUUAAUCCUCGGUUACUAACUUCUUAUGAAUCACUUGUCUCCACUUUCUUUUUCCCUUUCCUACCACUCAGCCGCAGUCCAGCCAAACCAAGAAAAAAUGCAGUUUCUGGUAUGGAACCAGGAGGCUGAUAUGUCAGGUUGAUGGGUUAUAAUCUCUUUCCCUGUCCCCUUCUCAAGCUUAUGGGUUUCUCAAACAACUGCAUCCAAUGAGGAUUCAUCUCUUUCCUUGGCUUUUCUUCACAGCCUUACUCCAAAUUUUAUCAGUCAGACAUGUUAUCUUGGCCUCUGGUCAAUGUCUUGAAGAUCAGAGGUCCCUGUUGUUGGAAUUCAAGAACAGCCCCACGUUCAACUCCACAAGUUCAACCAAACUGGUGCGCUGGAACAACAGCAACGACUGCUGCCUUUGGGAUGGGGUAGGUUGUGAUAGCUUGGGCCAUGUGAUCAGGCUGGAGCUUGAGAACCAAACAAUUUCUGGUCAACUAGAGAGUUGGAGUAGUCUGUUCAAUCUUCAGUAUCUUGAGAGAUUGAAUUUGGCUGUCAACAGGUUCAGCUCUGCUAUUCCCACUGGAUUAUCUAAACUUACAAAACUGACGUACCUGAACUUGUCUGAUGCUGGUUUUGUUGGGCAAAUUCCGGGGGAUUUGGCUAGUAUGAGCACGUUGGUUACUCUUGAUCUCUCAACCCGUUUUCCUGGAUUUCAGCCACUGGAAAUGGAGAAUCCUAAUCUACAAAAGCUUAUUCAGAACCUCACGGAGCUCCAAGAACUUUACCUGGAUGGUGUCAAAAUUUCAGCUCAGGGGGGUGAGUGGGGCAAUGCUUUAUCAUCUUUACUAAAUUUAAGAGAAAUCAGCUUGUCCAACUGUCAUCUUUCUGGUCCUAUCAGCUCAUCCCUUUCAGAGCUCCAUUCACUCUCAGUCAUCAACCUUAACGACAACAACCUCUCCACUGCAGUUCCAGAAUUCUUUGCAAAUUUCGCAAAUUUGACAUCACUGAGUCUCAGCUCUUGUAAUCUACUGGGAGAAUUUCCUGAGAAGAUACUCCAGUUGCCAAUGUUGCAGAAUAUAGAUUUGUCAAACAAUAACUUCAUUAGAGGCACUUUGCCACCAUUUCCCGAGAAUGGAUCUUUCAAGACAAUAGCCAUUAGUUAUACAAAUUUUUUGGGUUCAUUGCCAGAUUCCAUUGGUUUCCUUGGAGCUUUGUCAAGGAUAGAUCUGUCACAUUGCAAUUUCACGGGACCUAUUCCAUCAACAAUGGCAAAUCUCACAGGACUGGUUUAUGUGGAUUUCUCAGUCAACAAGUUCAACGGUUCAAUCCCGUCAUUUGGGAUGUCUAAGAACCUCAUUUACCUGGACCUCUCUCAUAAUAAUCUAACAGGCAACAUUCCUUCCACUCGCUUUGAAGGCUUUGUACAUCUUUCCUCGAUUAACUUGGGAUGUAAUUCCUUAAGGGGAAAAAUUCCACUAUCUCUGUUUGCUCUUCCAUCCUUGCAGAAACUCCAACUUCCCAAUAAUAGUUUCAUAGGUCAAGUGGAUGAAUUUCCCAAUGCAUCUGCCUCUUUCUUAGAUACACUUGAUUUGAGUUGCAACCAACUCAAUGGUUCAAUUCCAAGGUCGAUUUUUGAACUGAAAAGGCUCAAUGUACUCUCACUUUCUUCCAACAGCUUUAGUGGCAGUCUGCAACUUCAAAUCAUAAACGGGCUCCAAAACCUCACAAGACUUGAGCUUUCUUACAACAAGUUAUCAAUUGAUGCAAGCAGCGGCACUUCAACCACAUCUGCCUUCCCUCAGCUUAGUGUAUUGAAACUAGCUUCUUGCAAGUUGCAAAAGUUUCCAGAGCUAAGAAACCAGUCCAACAUGAUCCAUCUAGACCUUUCAGACAACCAAAUUGCUGGAGAAAUACCUAGAUGGAUAUGGGAAGUUGGUGACGGAACUCUUCAAUAUCUGAACCUUUCCUGCAAUCGCCUAGUGGAUCUCCCCAUGAAUGCCACUAUGUGCAAUCUGUCUGUGCUCGACUUACAUUCUAACCAACUUCAAGGUGAGUUUCCAAAACCACCAAAAACAGCUAUAUAUGUGGACUACUCAAGCAAUAAGUUCAGGAAUUCCAUCCCACAAGAUAUUGGGAACUCUCUUCCUUUUGCUGUUUUCUUUUCUGUUUCAAAUAAUAGCCUUUCCGGAGUUAUCCCUCAAUCCAUAUGCCAUGCAAGUUACCUCCAAGUUCUUGAUUUGUCUAACAAUGCUUUCAGAGGCAGCAUACCAGACUGUCUGUUCUACAACAUGGAGAAUCUCUGGGUUCUGCAUCUAGGGAGAAACAACCUCGGUGGCACCAUUCCAGAUAAAUUUCCAAUUAGUUGUGUCCUCAAAAGUUUAGACCUUAGUAAAAAUCGUCUAACAAGACGGAUUCCAAGAUCCCUGGUCAACUGUACAUCGUUGGAAGUUCUCAAUAUUGGCGGCAAUGAAGUUGAAGAUACUUUCCCCUGCAUGUUAAAGAACUUAUCUAGUUUGCGGGUACUAGUUCUGCGAUCCAACAGGUUCUACGGAUACCUUAGCUGUUCACUGGCCAAUGACAGCUGGCAAAACCUUCAAAUCAUUGACAUAGCUUUCAACAACUUCACUGGUGCUCUGUCCCCAAAAUGCUUCUCUAAUUGGAAAGGAAUGAUUAGCCAUGGAGAAAAUGGGCAAUCAGAUCAAGACCAUCUGCAUUUUCCUGUCUUGAGUCUUAGUAACCUAUACUAUCAGGAUACUUUGAUGGUAACAUCCAAAGGGCUCGAGCUGGAGUUCGUGAAAAUUCUAAAGGUCUUCACAUCCAUUGAUUUCUCGAGGAAUAGUUUUGAAGGAAGCAUCCCAGAAACAAUAGGAGAACUCAAUGCACUUUAUCUUCUCAACUUAUCGCAUAAUGCUCUCACUGGUACAAUCCCAAAAUCAAUUGGGAACUUGACACAGCUUGAAUCACUAGACCUCUCAAAGAACCGGCUAAGUGGAAUGAUACCACCACAGCUUGCAAAUUUGACAUUCCUGUCAUUCUUGAACCUAUCCAUUAAUCAACUCCUUGGAAGUAUCCCCCGGGGCAACCAGCUUGAAACGUUUACAGAAACUUCUUAUGAGGGAAACAAAGGGCUGUGCGGCGCCCCUUUGAACAUCAGCUGCAAAGGCAACAACGAUGAUGCUCAGGUGCCUUCCUCAGUAGAUGCAAAUUCAGUGGCCGAGACCGGAGUUGAUUGGCAGUUCAUAUUCACCGGUCUGGGGUUUGGGGUAGGAGCAGCAGUUAUCGUUGCAACCCUAUUUGUCUGCAAGGAAGGGAGGGACUGGUCCAAUAAGCAUUUAGAAAGAAUUGUGCUGCUGAUUUUUCCAGGAUACAGGUUCUCUUACACCAGGUAUGAUCAAGGAAUGGUUGAGGCAGUGGAGAAUUCGGAGGACGAGUUCCUGGACGACACAGAAGAUUCUGAAUUCGAGGUAGAACACGAGGCGUUUGGACGCAAGUAUUGUGUAUUCUGCAGCAAACUUGACGUUCACAGAACAAGAGCUGUGCACAAUCCAAAAUGCACCUGUCAUACUUCAGCGCCUGUAUAUUUUACUUCUCCAACAUCUUCUUCCUCUUUGUUAAUUCUGUAUCAUCAACAUUUUUGACAUUUUUAUUCUCUUUUCAAUGUUAUUGUACAUAAGCCACAGAAAAUUAAAAAAUUCUGAACACUAAUUAAAUCCGGCAA